AUGGAAUUGAAAGUUGAAACUAAGGAAGAGUUUGUGGAAUAUAAGGAAAGAUGUGUAAGGAGUCAGUUGUACACUUCAACAUGUAUUGGAGGUUUGAAGAAUGAACCAGGAAAUACAUCAGCAAUGGAAGUAAAACCUGAAAUUAAGGAAGAAUUUGUUCAAGAUGACCAAGAAUAUGUAGAGAGUCAGUUAUUUACAUCCAUAGAUAUUAGAGAAUUGAAGAGUGAAAUAGAUGAAGAUAACUCAGGUUUUUCCCAGAAGAUAUUGUUGGAAAUGGAUAUUAUGAGAGCAUUACCUGAACAUUCAUGCAAUAAAGAACAGCACAUAAGCCCGAACUCUGGAGAAACAAAUUUAAAUAAUUCUAUUUGUUUUAAACAUCGCUCUCAAAAACAUAAGUCAAAUAAACAGUUGGAAGUUCUGAACGAAAAACGAGUUUUCAAAUGUGAAAUUUGUUUUAAACAGUUUAGUAUGUCACGUUAUUUGAAACAACAUAUAAUAACGCACAGUGAAGAAAAACCUUACAAGUGCGAAAUUUGUUUUAAGCAGUUUCCACGACUAGGUGAUAUGACAAAGCAUAUGAGAUUACACACUGAAGAAAAACGUUACAAGUGUGAAAUUUGUUUCAAGCAAUUUUCCCAGAAAUUUAAUUUGGACAGGCAUUUUAGAACUCAUAGUGGAGAAAAACCUUACCAGUGUGAAAUUUGUCUUACGCAAUUUAGUGAAAGAGGAACUGUGAAAAAGCAUAUGAGAGUGCACACUGUAGAAAAACCUUACCAGUGUGAAAUUUGUUUUAAGCACUUUAGUGAAAUAGGAAGUUUCAAAAAUCAUUUAAGAGUGCACACUGGAGAAAAAGCUUACCAGUGUGAAAUUUGUUUAAAGCAGUUUACUCGAGCUUAUGACUUGAAAAUUCAUUUGAGAAUGCACACUGGAGAAAAACAGCAGUGUGAAAUUUGUUGUAAGCAAUUUAGUAAAGCGGGAAGUUUGAAAAAACCAUUUAAGAGUGCACACUAAAGGAAAACCUUAG